UGCGUCACAGGAAGUUCACUUCGGUUUUGUCGUCCGCGCGUGAUUGUGUGCGCUUUGAUUUAUGCGCGUGGGCUCUUUGUAUUUUAACACUCGAAAAAUGGUGACGAACACAGUGACAGUACUAGCCGUGGUGUACGUCGUCUCCGCAACCGCAGCUCUUCAUGAAGGUUCUCUUCUCUACUUUUGUUCUGAGUCCGGUGAUGCUGAGGUUGAGGUGCUCUGGGAUCGUGAACAGCUGCUCUAUGCAGACUUUGAGAAGGAAGAGGCGGUGUGGACAGCGCCCAUGAUGGGCUACGAAACAAGUUUCUGGCCCGAAUUUUAUCCCACAGCCCAAAUCAGCAAGGACAGAAUCUGCAGACAUUACCUGCCCAAAGCUCUGGAGGGGGACAAGAGCCCUCCUAGAGCCAAAGCCCCGCAGGUCGUCGUCUACCCCAAGGAUGAGGUGAAACCGGGAGUAGACAACACCCUCCUCUGCUACAUCAGGGGUUUCUACCCCCCUCCCCUCAACAUCACGUGGACCAGAGAUGGCAUCACCAUCACAGACGGCGUGGGUCUCGGCAACCUCUGGCUUGAGAGCGAUGGGACGUUCACUAGGCUGGCCAGCUUGGCAUUUCGCCCUCACACUGGCGUGGAAUAUGGCUGCAAGGUGGACCACACGGCUUUGCACCAGACAGCAGCCACAAUCUGGGUGAUGGAAGGAAGGGGUAUGCGGUCUGGUCCAAUGGUGCUGUGUGGUGUUGGUCUGAUUCUGGGCUCAUUCAGUCUCAUCAUUGGAAUCGUCCUGUUCAUGAAAGCACUACAUCUCUAUUGAUACCAGCUUUCUUCUGCUGAGAUGGAAGACAGAUGUGUUUUUGUCUACACAAUGUGUCUCUAUUGGCUCCCUCUCCCUGUGGGUCUGCCUACAGGGUCCGCAGUUCUGACUCACUUGGCCAGCAAGCAUCUGGGUAGAAAGUGGAUAUUACUGUAGACAUUUACAAACAAAAAAUACACUGUUGUGUUUACUUAAAAGAAGUUGGAAUAAUCAAUAUCAAAGAAGCAUUGAUAGUUUGAGCAUGAUGAUGAUUAUGAUGAUGGACCUCCAAAGGUCAGCUGUGGAACAGCACCAGUGAAGCUAGUAGGGAUUUCAUAUCUUUAUCAAUUAAAUUCCUGUGUGUUACAAGACAGUUUACUCAAGGCACCCAUGCUUCUUUUCCCCGUAGGAGCAUAGAAGGAGAGCUGGAUUGUCGGUAUUUCAUCAAAAAAUUCUGUUAAUCACUAUUGUCAUGAGUUUCAAGUUUUAAUGUGUGUUAAAUGUGGUAGAUGCUGGAAUGUUGUACUUCUUGUCUUCCUCAAACAAGAAAGAAACUGCACUGAUUAAAUAGUUUGUUGUAUAGAGGACAUUAUUUCGUCUGUAGAUUCUUUAGAAAAUGCUAGUCCUAACAAUGCAUCACUUUCAACUUCA